CUGAGUGCAUUUGGAACCAUCGAGGUGGAGGUGACCCAAUCUACUCCUCAGCCCUCCUGCCCUUCUGGCUUUAGAAAUUGCCUGUCAGGUCCGAUGACCUGUCUUCCCAUCUCGGCCUUCUGCAACGGACGGUUUGAUUGUGCCGACCGAUCCGACGAGUCGGAUAGCUUCUGUGCAGGUUAG